AUGAUCGGAUGCCACGUCACCAGACGAAGGGUAGUGGUUGAUUCGAAAGCACGAGUCAAUGCUGCUUGGGUUUCUGAUGAGGUGGCUGAAAGUGGAUUUGUCGGGGACCCACAAGCCCUCGGCCGCGAUUUCGAGGAUGUCACAUGCGAGGUUGCUGACGUCGCGGACGUAAUCAUUGACUGCACGACUGAAGGAGAAAUUAAGGACACAACAAUAUACUCGAGCUCGCCUUUAUCACCAUUGAACCCAAUAUCCUUGCAGCCGUAUCCAAAUGGGCUCGGCUGCCUGGGCCGGGCCCGUUGCUUGUCGCAUGCGGACUUCGAGAAAAACUCGAGGCCUUCCUUUUCGACCCGAGAGAUCACCUCCCAGGAAAUCCCGUGGUUCUCGACCUGGAAAAACCCAAAUUCUUCGCAUGCUUUUACAACUAAAUCGCACAAUUUGGGCCUCUCGAGAGCAAGAUCUAUAACCGGGAUCCCGAGGGCACGAGCCUUUUUGCUUCUCAUGGGAGACGAAGAAGAAGAAGAUAGAUUGAGAAGAAUAAGGUGGAAUUAA